CUGGGUAUGUCCCUUGGUCCUCUCUCUGACAUCUCUUGUCUCCUCUUCAUUGCAAAUGUUUCUCUUCCUCUCUCCCACCUCUCCUCUCCUCUCCAUUGCAAACCUUCGGGAUGAAGGUUGAGAGCCUGCUCUGAAACGACGUACGUAAAGGGAGCAAGGAACCGGAGAGCGUGCGGCGGGCUUCUGGAUUUUAGGUGGAUCCAAUGGCAUGGACACAUUGAUGGCCUUAGGUAGCGAUAGUCUGACAGUAUCAAGGAAAUAUAAGUAGCUUUGUGCUGAUGGAUCUAGCAGAGUAGGCACCUGUCGCUUGGACGUGCUUCGGAGAAGUAGGUGUCCAAAAGUUGCUUACAGUGGAUCCAGAUCCUUCGAACAACAUUGCUCAAGCUCAUGAUAUAGACUGUCAUGGAGGCAGCUGCAGAUGAGGAGAGGCCACUGAUUCAGUACCUGGCUCCAGAGGAUGAUGAAGCUUCCUCACGAUACACUAGCGACGGAACGCUCGAUAUCAACAAGCAGCGUGCUCUGAAGAAGAGCACCGGGAACUGGAGAGCAUGCUUCAUGAUUCUGGGUACCGAGUUCGCCGAAUGCCUGGCAUUUUACGCGACCGCAAAGAACCUGGUCACCUACCUCACGGCUGAGCUUGGUGAGACCAACAUCGAUGCCGCGACGAACGUGUCCACCUGGAUUGGCAGCUGCUACCUCACGCCGCUCAUCGGCGCCUUCUUGGCCGACACGUACUGGGGAAGAUACAAGACGAUGAUAGUCUUCCUCUUGCUCUACAUCGUUGGGAUGCUUACUCUGACAGCGUCGGCGUGGCUCCCCUUGGCCAUGGAGGACGACUCACCUGACAACAGCGGACUUCGGCGUGCCACAGCGUACCUGGGGCUCUACCUCGUUUCCCUAGGCACAGGAGGCAUCAAGCCCUGCACGGCGGCCCUCGGGGCCGACCAGUUCGACGGCGGCGACGCGGCGGAGCGGGUCACCAAGGCCUCCUUCUUCAACUGGUACUACUUCUGCACCAACAUCGGCUCCCUGCUGUCGGGGACCGUGCUCGUCUGGGUGCAGGAAAAUAUUGGAUGGGGAGUCGGGUUUACGGUGCAGACGGUGUUCAUGCUGUUCGGCCUCGCCGUGUUCGUCGCCGGUCGCAAGGUGUAUAGGUACAAGAAGCUGGGCGGGAGCCCUCUCACAAGGGUAGCCCAGGUGGUUGUCGCAGCUGUGAGGAACUGCCAUCUCGUGCUGCCUGAUGAUACGUCAGCCCUGUACCACGAUAAGCUUCUACCAACUGAACCAAAUUUCAGGAUUGAGUCUGCCAGACAAUUCAGAUUCUUUGACAAGGCUGCCAUAAUCACCGGCGAGAAGGGUGCAGCAGCGCCGACGAGCCCGUGGAGACUGUGCACGGUGUCCCAGGUGGAGGAGCUGAAGAUGCUGCUCCGGUUGCUGCCGGUCUGGGCAUCCAUGGUGCUCUUCUUCGCCGUCAGUGCGCAGACGGUAACCACGUUCAUUGAGCAGGCUAGGGUGAUGGACAACCGCAUCGGCCCGUUCACCAUUCCUCCGGCGUCGAUAGCGACCUUCGACGUGAUCAGCGUCAUGGUCUGCGUCCCCGUCUACGACGCCGUGCUGGUGCCUCUGGCCCGGCGUGCCACUGGCAACGACCGCGGCCUGUCGCAGCUGCACCGGCUCUCCAUCGGGAUCGCGCUGUCCGUGGUCGUCAUGGUGUACGCGGCGCUGCUCGAGGGCAGGCGCCUGGCCCUCGCGCGGGCCAACAUGCCCGCCAUGAACAUCGCGUGGCAGGCACCCAUGUUCGCCGUGCACGGCGCGGCGGCGGUCUUCGCCACCGUCGGCGUGCUCGAGUUCUUCUACGACCAGUCGCCGGACGGGAUGAAGAGCCUCGGCAACGCGCUCGCGCUGCUCUCCAUGGCGGCCGGGAGCUAUUUCAACUCGCUUGCGCUCAGCGCUGUCGGGUCGAUCACGGCGCGCGGCGGGGAACGCGGGUGGCUCCCGGACGACCUGAACAAGGGUCAUAUGGACUAUUUCUUCUGGAUGAUGGCCGCUCUUGGAACGCUCAACCUGCUGCACUUCUUGCACUACUGCAACAGACGAUACAGAGGCAACAACAACAACACUUCUUGACGUGUGCUGUCAUGCUGUGUGCACCAUGUUUCUCAAAAUCAUAGUUUGAUAAUACUAUAUUUUGUAAUUAUCAUAAUAAUACUAUAGUUUUAGCCAGCUCCAAAAAUACUAGGUUCUAAGAAACAUUGCUUAAAUACAACAUCAUGGCGUUAGGAGCUUACUCUUGAGUAAGUUCUCGAGUUAUUGAUAGGAUCUAAA